AUGCCACACGCAGAUUCAUCCCUUGUUCCAGACAGUAUCACAACUAAAGCUCAAUUCUGGGAACACAUCUACAUUCAAUUGGAAGGGCUACUGGACGGUCAGAGGCAUUGGGUUUCUAAUACGGCCAAUGCAUCUUCCCUUAUUUACAAUUCCUUGCUCGCGUUUCCGAGAUUUUUUGGAAAAGCAGAUGAUAAAGCGGUCAACUGGUGUGGUUUCUAUAUCGACUCGAACCUGUUCCCAUCCCCUCGUUUCCCCAAACCAGUGUUCAUGAACGACGCCAAUAAACUGCUCCUAGGCCCGUUUUGCGGCAAACCUGCAUGCCAAUUCAUUCAAACUGCCCCGGGAAAGGCUAAGGGAGUCUGUGCAGACGCGUAUCUCAAACGAGAAACUCUGGUGGUGCCUGAGGUUGACCUUUAUCCCGGGCACAUAGCGUGCGACGGUGAAACCAAAAGCGAAAUUGUCGUUCCUCUGAUACAUACAGCUGAAGGUAUAACUACCGUUCUAGGGGUGCUAGACCUUGAUUGUCUUGCUGUCAAUGGAUUCGACGAUGACGACAAAUUUGGGUUGGAAAGAAUAGCAAAUUUGAUUGUAAAAUCGUGCAACUGGUAG